AUGACACACAACGACCUGAUCUUGCACUUCAACUCUUUUCAUUCCAGUCACGUACACCAUUUCUCCACCCUCUCUUCCUCCGCCGCGGCAGCACCGACCACCUUCCGCUACUACCCAAACCUAAACCGAAACCCUAAUCCUGCUUUUCCGGUGAAUUAUUACCGUAGUGGUUAUAUAGAUGAAGAAGGGAGGUUUCAUAAAAGAUCUCCAACCAUUGCUCCGGCCAGGAAAACUAACUCUUCGUCUGGACAACAGCAGAAGCCGAAGCUGAUGGAUCUUUUUCCGGAGAAGUCAUCGGAAAGUGUUCAGACGUUGCCGCUUCUUCGCCAGCUGGAGCAACGGAGAUCGGUGGAUACCGUGACGAGGAACAGCGGAGCCAUCUCGAGUUCCAUCGACUUGACAUUAAGGCUGUGA